GGUGGGUUUCAGUAGUAUGGCUGCCAGAUGUUUUGAAAUGAAAACAUUGUUUUACUACCUUUGCUACAAACUCAGGAUAGCUGAUUUUAAAUAGGUUUAUUUAUUUGCUUAAAUUUUUUGUAUGAGUGAAGAUGAAGACAGUGACAAGCAACAUCCAAUAGGGAUGGAACUUUCAGGUAUGCAAACUAAAAGACUGGACUGUGAACAAGGUCUGCUUUUUAAACAGAGCGCCCCAAAAACUGGAUUUCUGCAUUAUACAUUGACUAAGACAGUGUAUAUCAGUGUGAAAAUUAACAAGGCCACAUUGGCUGUGGAGCUGCCGUGGGUUAGGGAGGUGAAACCGGAAAGGGCUGUUUGCCCUCAUUGCGUUACAGCAGAACCUACCUGCCAGGCUCCCAGUGAGCUCGGGCAAACACCUGCAGGGCUGGCCUUGCUAGCUGACAUUCUCUCAGUCGUGGGAUCGGAGGGCGUCCACUGAACCCUCCCUUGAGCUGUGUUGGGAGUUGCUGUGGUGAGGGGACAAACAUAAUUGCACAUUCUAAACUGGGGAGAAAAUAGGGGGUAAAAUAAUUGGACACUCUAAAUUUGCAAAAACUACCUGCAGUCUGGUUAAACCAGAUCCCUAGAAUACUGUGUCCAGUUUUGGCCCCCUCAUUGCAAAAGACUGUUGCAUUUGAGGCAGUACAGAGAAGGACAACUAGGCUGAUCCCUGGGCUCAGUAGCAUGAGCUAUUCAUAAUUCUCCCCACAGGGACAAGGUAUGUCUGUGUGUCACACUGCAUAUAAAAUGAGGUCUGUUUUUUGGGUGAGAAGAGGAAACAAAAUUGGAAGAGUAACUUGUUCUUUACCUUCAGGAUACAUAUUUAUCCUGGGAAAAUCACCAAAGAAAACGUCUGUCUUGUAUGUGGGCCAGCGCUGCUUGUCUCAGUCUCUUUGAAAAACAGUUAUUUAAAGUCGUGUCAACCAAAAAAUCCUUUCCCGGUAUCGAAUCACUUCUUUGGGUUGUAGUUCAAACUCACUCCAACGGUCUGGCCUCAAUCAGAGUCUAUUUUAAGGAACUAAGCUACUGCAGGGCUUAUUACUUUUGCCCUAACCUGAAUUUCAGUGAAUUAUUAUAGGUGUCAUUUAAAAAAAAAAAGUGGGUAUCCCAACCCCCAGAGAAAAUACCAGCAGGAUUAAUAGAUAACAGAUGUCGAGACUUACUGAACGCUUACUUAAAAGCGAGCCAAAUAACCAACGCACAGGAAGUCAAAAAAAGGGGACCAACCCGUGGAGAAUGUUCUAGUGAAGAUUUCUUCCACGGUGGAAGUAUUGGAGACAACACAACACCCCUGAAAACAUGUGAGGGCCUUUGGCUUGUGAUCGGCUGGGAUUCGAGCAUCGUGACUGAAUUGGGGCAGACUGCUGUUGUUUUUGUGUGUGUGUGUGACGCGCGUUGACGCGCAGAGCUGCAAUGAUGUUCCGAGACCAGGUGGGGAUCCUCACGGAUUGGUUCAAAGGCUGGAAUGAGUGUGAACAGACGGUGGCGCUCUUAUCACUGCUCAAGAGGGUGACUCGGACUCAGGCUCGAUUUCUGCAGAUCUGUCUGGAGCACUCGCUGUCCGACUGCACGGAGAUCCACAUCCUAGAAGCCGAGGCAAACAAUGCUGCGAUCGUCAGCCAGUGGUACCAGGAGCCCAAGGAGAAGGUGGUCUCUCAGUUGCUCUCCCACCUGCCGCUGCUGCAGCCCCACAAUGCUGAGGCUAAGGACGAAUACAUGAAGCUGCUUCAGAAAGUGCUCAGCUACACCAUCGAGAGCAACCUGUUUGUGGAGGAGAGCCGGCAGCUGUUGUCCUACGCCCUGAUCCACCCAGCCACGACCGUGGAGGACCGCACCACCCUAGCCAUGUGGCUCAAUCACCUGGAGGAGCACCUUUCCACUGGCUACUUGGGCAGAGCAUCUUCCUCCUCCUCUUUCUCUUCUGGCUACCACCCCCGGCAGGGCUCCGACGAGUGGAUGGGCAGCCAGUCUGAGAUCAUGGACCCAGGCAAUGUGUGGCAGGACAAACCAGCCACCACAGGGCAGAACGGGCACAUGACCUUCCACGUGUCCACUUCUGUGCCGUCUGCCAUGAACAGUAUCGGGAGCAACGCCAACACAGUUCUCACAAGCCAAAUCCACCCCAGCCCCCUGAAGAGAUCCAUGUCCCUGGUGCCCACAAGCCUGCAGGUGUCAGGCGGCGACUGGACCAGCCAGGAGGAUCUGGGCAUCCGGGGGUCCUAUGUGUCCUCGGACCACGCGCCUCUCUCGCCUCAGAGCAGCGUGGCGUCCUCGGGCAGCGAGCAGACUGAGGAUCAGGGGAUGGGACGGAACACCUUCCAGGAGGAAGGCAGCGGGAUGAGAGAUGUUCCUACAUGGCUUAAAAGCCUUCGUCUACAUAAAUACGCAGCACUUUUCUCACAGAUGACCUACGAGGAAAUGAUGACACUUACCGAGCAUCACCUGGAGUCACAGGUUUGGAAUGUUACAAAGGGAGCUCGACACAAGAUUGCCCUGAGCAUCCAGAAACUGAGGGAGAGACAGAGCGUCCUGAAGUCUUUGGAGAAGGACAUUCUGGAGGGAGGGAACCUACGAAACGCACUGCAGGAGCUUCAACAGAUCAUCAUCACGCCCAUCAAAGUGCAUAGCACGCCACAGGCAUCUCAGAAAGAGGCUGACUCCGCCUCCCAAGCACCUCAGAAGGGAGGCAAGCAGGGGGAGGACAAGGACCAGGCCACAGAGGGCUUCCAAUCCCAAAAUCCCUCUCCCUGUGACGCAGAACCGUCAGCAGCGCCCAUCCAUGAGGGAGACAUUGCGGGUCAGUUUACUAGAGUCAUGGGAAAAGUCUGCACUCAGCUUCUAGUUUCGAGACCGGAUGAAGAAAACAUAAGCUGCUACCUGCAGCUCAUUGAAAAGUGUCUAACACAUGAGGCGUUCACAGAAACCCAGAAAAAGAGGCUGGUCUCCUGGAAGCAGCAAGUGCUGAAGCUGCUGAGAAUGUUCCCCCGGAAGACCAUGCUUGACAUGCCAGGUUACCGACAGAAAGGCUGGGCAUAUGGGUCGAACUCCCUCCCCACAGCAGGCUCUGUGGGAGCCGGGCUUGGCCGUCGGGGGCAGAGGCAGUUCCAGAUGCCCCCUCGAGGGCUGCCCCCCAGCCGCAUGGGGCUGCUGAGUCCAGCGGGCAUUGGUGGGGCCUCCCCCAGACACACCCUCACCAGCCCGGCGCUAGGGGGUCAGGGCAGGCAGAGCCUGUGGUUUGCUAACCCCGGGGGCAGUAACAGCAUGCCCAGCCAGAGCCGCAGCUCAGUCCAGAGGACACACUCGCUGCCCGUCCACACUUCUCCACAAGCCAUGCUUAUGUUCCAACAGCCUGAGUGCCAAGUUCCAGGGACUGACUUGGAGAUCAAUCCCACACUGGAGUCACUGUGUCUCAGUAUGACAGAACACGCCUUAGGAGAUGGCAUGGACAGAACAUCAACUAUCUGAAAACGACAACAAAACAGGCUCCACUUCACUAUAUAGAAGACCUAUCCUGGAUGGCUUUUUAUACAGGAGCUAAGGGAUAAACCGCCACUCACAAACAACAAAGUACAGCAAAUGGCCACUACAAAAAAAACAAAACAAAAAAAAACUAACUGUCUUUCCAGAGUAUUCCUGCUUUACAGCAAUGGUGGGUGUGCAGGGUGAGAUGUGUACAAGUGGAGCCUGAACCCCCUUUUCUGUGUAAAUGCAGCUUUGUGUUGUUUUGUACUGGGUACUGGUGCCGGGGGGGGGAUGUAAAACAGCUUUUUAAGCAGUUUCAAAUUGUUCAUGUUUUGCUGCUUUAUGAAGGCUGAAACAUUAUUUUGAGGACAUUCAUACCUUUGUUAUAAUACAUUUAAAGA